AUGAAGAUUCGAGCGCACGGGGAUUCCGUGUGCAAGAGAUCAAAGUUGAAGAGAUUGGAAAUGACUGGGGGGUCGACCACCGGCGGGGGGGUGAUUGAUUUGUGGAAGCGCAAUGACUUUUUCCCCAAGCAUGCUUUCUGCAGAAGCAGCAGGAUGCAAGAGAUCUAUCUGCACGAGAUGUAG